GCCUGGGUCAGACGCCCCGCAUAACCACGCUUAUAAAGCCGAAUCCUCAAACCCCAGUCGCUAGGGCUUUCAUUUUGGAACGAGGAGCCGUCAGUGCUGCUGCAACGCUUGGCGACACACUUAGCGAUGGCGAGGAUCAAGGUUCAUGAGCUCAGGCAGAAAACGAGGGCCGAAUUGCAGAACCAGCUUAAGGAUCUGAAAGCUGAGCUUGCUUUGCUCCGUGUCGCUAAAGUCACUGGUGGUGCUCCCAACAAGCUCUCCAAGAUAAAGGUAGUGAGGUUGUCCAUUGCCCAAGUGUUGACGGUGAUUUCUCAGACGCAGAAGGCUGCACUGAGGGAAGCCUAUAAAAACAAGAAGUACAUGCCUCUUGAUCUGCGCCCAAAGAAGACCAGGGCUAUUCGCAGACGGCUUACCAAGCACCAGGCUUCACUGAAGACUGAGCGACAGCAGAAGAAGGAGAAGUACUUUCCUUUGAGGAAAUAUGCCAUUAAGGUGUAAGGACUCUUGGGGAGAAGUCUUGGUAUUUUUCAAGUUUUGAUACAUCUCAACUUUUAGCUUCGGCUUUGUGGUAUUAUUAAUUUUUUGUGGUGUUAAUUUUGGCUUAUUCAGACAGUUUUUUCAGUUACCGAGUUUCAGCUGAGUGGUAGUCCUCAAAGUGGAUUUAAGGGUCCUCUUUCGCUCUCUUUUCUUUUAAAACUAGGAACAAAAAGGCAAAGCUAUAUGGACAGUUUUCUGAACUCGUGUUUCUUGUAGCUGCUUGGAAAUUAUUGACUCGAAACAAUUGAUUGAAGCGAUGUUAAAGUCAAACCGAUGCCAAGAUUAGAGGGGUUCGGUAUUGUGUA